AUGUGGCCGCUGCUGUGCGCGCUCGCGCUGCUCCUUCCCGCGCUGCUGCUGCUCCGGCCGCGCCUGCGCGCGGACCUGGCGUUCCUGGCGCGCGCCGCGCGCUGCCGGGGGCGCGCCGGGGGGUGGGGGGGGCGGGGCGCGCGCUCCCUGCCCGCGCGCUUCCUGCGGGCGGCGCGCGCGUUCCCGGCGCGCCCCUUCCUGCGCGCGCCCGGCGGCGGCGGCGCCACCGAGACCUACGGGGGCGGGGCGCGGGCGGCGGCGCGCGCAGCCAACGCCCUGCGCGGGCUCCCGCUGGCGCGCGGGGGCGCGCUCGGCCCCGGGGACACCGUCGGGCUCCUGGUGCGGAACGAGCCGCGGUUCGUCUGGGGCUGGCUGGGGCUGGCGGCGCUGGGAGCGCGCCCGGCCUUCCUCGGGAGCGCGCUCCGGCCGCCGGCGCUGAGGCACUGCCUGAGGGCGUGCGGGGCAUGCGCGCUGCUGGUGGCGGAUGACCUGUUUGCCUCAGUGGCGCCCAUCCUGCCCCUGCUGCAGCAGGAGGAUGGUAUCGUGGUGUGGGUGCUGGGCUCGGGGCCCUACCCCCCCGGGGUCCUGGCCCUACAGGGGCUGCUGGAUGCGGCCUCGGACCAGCUGGAGCCUGAGGACGUGUGGGAGCCACAGGACAUGAAUGAGACUUGUCUGUACAUCUUCACAUCCGGUACCACUGGUCUCCCCAAAGCCGCCUGCAUCUCCCACCUCAAGUCCCUCCUGUGCCUCAGUUUCUAUGAGCUGGUUGGUGCCUGCAGCCGGGAUGUGGUUUACCUGGCGCUGCCUCUGCACCACAUGGCUGGGUCCUUGCUGGGCAUCGGCGGCUGCAUCGGCAUCGGAGCCACCUGUGUGCUCAAGGACAAGUUCUCGGCCUCCCGGUUCUGGGAUGAGUGUAGGGCCGAGGGGGUCACCGUGUUCCAGUACAUAGGGGAGCUCUGCCGGUACCUGGUCAACCAGCCCCAGCGCCCCGAUGACCGGACCCACAGCGUGCGCCUGGCCGUGGGCAGUGGGCUCAGUGCUGGUGUCUGGCGCCGCUUCCUGCAGCGCUUUGGGCCCAUCCGCAUCGUGGAGACCUAUGGGCAGAGCGAGGGAAGCGUCUCCCUGUUCAACUACACUGGGACCCCUGGAGCUGUGGGGAGGGGAAGCUUCAUAUACAAGUUGGUGUCUCCCUUCGACAUCAUUCGCUAUGAUGUGACCACAGGAGCUCCUGUGCGCGACGCUCGCGGGCGCUGCAUCCGCGUGGGGCCUGGGGAACCAGGGCUGCUGGUCGCCCCCAUCACCCCCCGCAGCCCCUUCCUGGGCUAUGCCGGCAGCCGGGAGCUGUCUGAGCAGCGGAUCCUGCGCGGGGUCUUCAGUGACGGUGACACCUACGUGAGCACCGGAGACCUCAUGGAGAUGGACCAGGAGCAGUUCGUGAGGUUCCGGGACCGCACCGGAGACACCUACAGGUGGAAAGGGGAGAAUGUGGCCACCACGGAGGUGGCUGAAGUGCUGCUGGCCCAUGAGGCGCUGCAGGAAGCCACCGUCUAUGGUGUCACCGUGCCAGGCCACGAGGGCCGUGCGGGGAUGGCAGCGCUGGUGCUGAGCCCUGGAUGCAGCCUGGAUGGAUCCACAUUGUUCCAGCACCUGGAGCAGCUCCUGCCACCCUAUGCAUGGCCCCGAUUCCUGCGGCUGCAGGAGCACCUGGAGAUGACAGACACCUUCAAGCAGCAGAAGGUUCGGUUGGCACAGGAAGGCUUCGACCCCAAGUCCAUCCCUGACCCCCUGUUCCUGCUGGACCAGAGCGCCAGGACCUAUGUGCCCCUUGGCCCCGAGCAAUGGGAUGGGGUCCUGGAUGGGAGCAUCCGCAUUUAGGGGCCCCAAGCCCCCAUGGGCUCCCCAUGGCCAUCCCUCGGUACCCAAUAUCCAUCCCUCAUUACCCAAUAUCCACCCUUUAGGUCCCCACAUCCAUCUCCAUCCAUCCUCCUGUCCCCAUUCCCCAUAUCCACCCUGUCUAUCCCUGCAUCCAUCUUGGGUACCCCACAUCCGUCCUGUAUCUCCCCACAUCCAUGUUCCAUGUCUCCAUGUCCUUCCAUCCCCACGUCCCCCAUAUCCUCUUUGUCCCUGUGUCCAUCCUCCCACCCCAGCUCUAUCCCUUCCCUAUCCCUGUGUCCAUCCCACUGUCUCCUGCAUCCAUCCCUAUCCCUGUAUCCAUCCCACUGUCUCCUGCAUCCAUCCCUAUCCCUGUGUCCAUCCCACUGUCUCCUGCAUCCAUCCCUAUCCCCAUGGCCCCAGGGAUGCUCCCAUCCCAUCAAUGGGGCUCUGGUGCCUUCCCCUCCCCCCCCUUUAUACUCGGUCCCUUUCUCUCUUUUUUAAGUGAUUUUGGACAAAUAAAACCUUUUUUGUA